CCCCCAUCUGUCCCCCCCUCCAUGGCCCCGGGGUCCUAGCCCCCGCGGGGCAUGGAAGGCAACCUGUCCGGACUGGUGCCCGCAGCCGGACUGGUGCCCGCGCUGCCCCCGGCCGUGACCCUGGGCCUGACGGCGGCCUACACCGCCCUGUACGGGCUGCUCUUCCUCUCCGUGUACGCCCAGCUCUGGCUGGUCCUGCUGUACGGCCACAAGCGGCUCAGCUACCAGACGGUGUUCCUGGCCCUCUGCCUGCUCUGGGCCGCCCUGCGCACCACGCUCUUCUCCUUCUACUUCCGCGACACCCCUCGGGCCAACCGCCUGGGCCCCCUGCUCUUCUGGCUGCUCUACUGCUGCCCCGUCUGCUUGCAGUUCUUCACCCUCACCCUCAUGAACCUGUACUUCGCCCAGGUGGUGUUCAAGGCCAAGGCGAAGCGCCGACCGGAGAUGAGCCGGGGACUGCUGGCCGUGCGGGGGGCUUUCGUGGGGGCCUCCCUGUUGUUCCUGGCGGUCAACGUGCUGUGCGCCAUGCUGUCCCGCCGGCACCGGGCCCAGCCCUGGGCUCUGCUGUUGGUGCGGGUGCUGGUGAGCGACUCGCUCUUCGUGAUCUGCGCCCUCUCGCUGGCCGCCUGCCUCUGCCUGGUGGCCCGCCGCGCCCCCUCCACCAGCAUCUACCUGGAGGCCAAGGGGACCAGUGUGUGCCAGGCGGCGGCGAUGGGCGGGGCCAUGGUCCUGCUGUACGCCAGCCGGGCCUGCUACAACCUGGCGGCCCUGGCCCUGGCCCCCCGGAGCCGGCUCGACUCCUUUGACUACGACUGGUACAACGUCUCCGACCAGGCCGACCUGGUGAACGACCUGGGGGACAAAGGCUACCUGGUGUUUGGCCUCAUCCUCUUUGUCUGGGAGCUGCUGCCCACGACUCUGCUCGUCGGCUUCUUCCGGGUUCACCGCCCCCCUCAGGACCUGAGCGCCGCCCGCAUCAUCAACGGGCAGGUCUUCAGCUCCCGCUCUUACUUCUUUGACCGGGCUGGGCGCUGCGAGGAUGAGGGGGGCCCCUGGGAGCACAGCCGGGGCGAGAACACCAGCCUGUCGGGCAGCCUGGGGGCCGGCAGCUGGUACGGCGCCGUCGGGCGGGAACCGGGCUGGUGCGUGGGGAGCCAGGCUCGGACGGCCCCCCUGCUCUUCUCCCAGGCGACGGGGCCCGGAGGCCACCAUCACCACAGCCUCUACUCCACUCCCCAGACGUGACCUCCCCGUCUUCCUCCCCGCCCCCGCCGUGACCCCCCUCGUCCCCGCGUCCCGCGGCCGCCCCGCUCCAGCUCCCCGGUGCCGGGAUCGUCCGCGGCUUGGGGCCCCGGUAGAGGAGGCGGCGGCGGCGGGGGCCCCUCCGGGCUCGGUGAAAACUUUCGGCGGCGGGCUUGGGCCUCCCACCGGGAGGGGCACCGGCCGCCAGAUAGCCACCGCACCCUGGCGUGCUGCCCCCGUUUCCAUGUCGGAGCCAGCCGCCUCUCCUGUGCCUGCUGCUCAAUAAAACGGUGUCCGCAUCCCGGAUU